AUGGAUUGGUUGGAUGAGGUGUAUACAAGAGCAGUGUGGAGCUAUUUGGAGCUGCUUGGGUUGGCUGAGGUGUGUACAGGAGCUGUGUGGAGCUGUGUGGUGGGAGCUGGGUUGAUCUGGAUGGAUUGGCUGAGUGGGAGCUAUUUGGAGCUGCUUGGGUUGGCUGAGGUGUGUGCAGGAGCUGCGUGGAGCUGUUGUGUCUUGGGAGCUGGGGUGAGCUGGAUGGAUUGGCUGAGUGGUAGCUGGGUUGAGCUGGAUGAAUUGGCUGAGGUGUGUAUAGGAGCUGUGUGGAGCUGUGUCUUGGGAGCUGGGGUGAGCUGGAUGGAUUGGCUGAGUGGGAGCUGGGUUGAGCUGGAUGGAUUGGCUGAGGUGUGUACAGGAGCUGUGUGGAGCUGUGUCUUGGGAGCUGGGGUGAGCUGGAUGGAUUAG